AUGGCCUCGACCGCCCCCGCCGGCGACGACAAGCCCCCGGAGACCGCCCCGGGCAGCCCCAUCGGCCCCGAUCCCCACAGGGAUGUCGAGCCCCCGGCGCCGGUGACGUCGUCGGGCGAUGGCGGUACGUCGGUGACGGGGACGACGGAGGAUUUCUACCCGCUGCCGCUGUGGGCCUUGGCAGAGCGGGCGUGCCCCUCGUGCGAGCGCAAGAGGAUGAUCCGCGAGAAGUGGGAGGCGAAGCGCGGCCUCGAACCCCUGGCAUGUCCCCGAAGUGACGACGACGGGGUGCCAUCGUCGCCGUCAGCGCCGGCGCAGGGGCCCGGGACGGAGCUUCAGGACCCGCAGGCGCCCUCGGCAACAUGGUGGUGCGACCCGUGCGAGCAACACAAGAAGUCGCUGCGCGACUGGCGUCUCCGAAGGGAGGGCAAGCUCGCCCCACCUCCGCCCCCGCCGCCGCCGCCGCCGCCGCCCCGGCCAUCCGAGGCGCCGUUUUACUUUGGGAUACCAGGGCUUGGUGACGCCAAGUCGAUAAUAGCGCUGGGGCGGACGCUGCAGGAGCAGGCGCGGCGCGGGAAGAAGCGGCCUCUCUCGGUAGCGGAAGAGCGGGGGUACCGCGAGUGCGACGUGGGCAAGAGGGUGGUGCGCCAGAAGCUGGACGUGCCGCCCCGGGACACGGUCGGCUUUGGCGCCGCGACGAGAGUACGCGAUGCGCUGACGAAGAUGAUGCCUGAUAAGCGGAGGGGCGCGCGCCGCGUGGACUACUCCAAGUUGACGCCGCUCGUGGGGUCGCGGGAGCCCAGCUCCAUUGCUGCGGCUGGAGAGGACGGUUUGCACGACGAGGCGUUUCAAAUCAUCGGGCUCCAUGAGGGCAGCUCCGCCCAGAGGUUUGCCCUACAGGUCUCAAGGGAGUUCAUGCGGCUGCUGGACCCACAGGCGAGUUCUAGCGCCCCAGCUGGAGGCGAUCUGGACGGGAGGCUGGACGAGGAGGCGAUCGACAAUUUGCUGAAUGAGGAGGGCAUGGAGGACAUUGUCAAAACAUCGAUACCAAAAGCUUAUUCCAAGGAGAUUUUUUAUGACUUAAUAAUGGAGUGUAUUAGACAAUACCGAAAGUGGCUGUCAGAUAACGCAGACAAGUUAGAUAAGGAAAAAAAUGAGCAGUACCUGCUGCAGCUUGUACCCAUGGCAGACCUUACUUUGGUUUAUGAUAAGGAGCCUGAGAAUUUGUCCAAGAUAAUCAAACUGAUGUACAAGGUCGGAGAAUAUGGCCCACCACCCAGUGGUGUCAUUCAUGCUAUAUCUCCUCAUCUUUAUCAGAGUACCAUGGACCAACUCGCCGCUGCUGGAGCAGUAGACAUUUUGCACGGUAAGUUGCCGCAAGUCAUCAAAGUACAGACAGAGGUGCUCCAUGAGGGCUGCUCUGGCCAGAGGUUGGUUGGACAGGUGGAGUUUGUGCGGCUGCUGGACUCAGAGGUGGGUUCUGGCACCACAGCUGGAGGCGAUCUGGACCAGGGGCUGGUUGAGGACGUGAUAGACAAUUUGCUGAAUAUGGAGGGCAUGCAGGACAUUGUCAAGACAUGGAUGCCAAAAGUUUGUUCCAAGGAGAUUCUUUAUGAGCUCUUUAUGGAGUAUGUUGGGCAAUACCCAAAGUGGCUGGAAGAUAAUAAGGACAAGUUAGAUACGGAAAACUAUGACCAGUGCGUGAAGCAGUUUGAGUCCAUGGUGAACCUUACUACCGUUUAUGAUAACGAGCCUGAGAAUUUCUCCAAGAUAAUGAAACUCAUGUACAAGAUCGGAGAAUAUGGCCCACCUCCCAGUGGUUUCAUUCAUGCUGCAUCUCGUGUUUAUGAGAGUACGAUGGAGAAAGUGUCUACUGGGAUAGUCGAGCUGCUGCAGAAUUAUGACAAAUUGUUCCCUGCGGACGCUAGUCCAUCAACCACAUGAAGCAGUGUGGACCCGUAUACACGUACCGUCCUAUGCAAAUCAUCAUAUAUAGGCACGCGUAUAACGAAUUCAUCCUCGCUGUUUAGUUUUGGAGAUUACAUGAACAAUUUGGUCUGGUACACGGCCAGCUGUGCCUGUAAUUUCUAGUAACUAGUAACUACACCGGGAAGUUUAAAUCGAUGA